AUGGAGAAGUUUGGCCCUAAAGUUAAAAAUGACUUAGAUACCGAAAGAUUAGAAAAUGAGAAACUAAGACAACAUAUAACUGAUCUAACAAGAAUAAUUAAAGACAAGGAACAGGAAGUUGACUAUAAGAUUGAAGAAAUAGAUCAAUUGAAAAAAGAGUUGGAAAUGAAAGAUAGAGAAAUAACACUGUCAAGGCAAAACUUUGUUGAAGACUUAAUGGAGGAAGUUGCAGCCGGCAGGGAAGAUAUUGAAAACCUCAAUACCGAAAUCGGAAGAAUGUUGAAAAUUAACUGUAACUUGACUUAUGAUCUAGAGAAAUAUUUACAUGAUAUUGAUGAUCUGAAGCGUGAGAAUAGGAAACUUAAGGAGACAGGAAGUAAGGGUGGUGCAGUGGGUCAAUCAAGGAGAAUUGUUCGGCAAAGUAUCAAUAUCGGAAGAAAGACAAAGGACAUAGCAAGGGUUUUUGCUUCAAAUACUGAUGGUGUCCUUUCUUCUAGUGGUUCCAGUAGUAAACAAAUAGAAACAUCCUUGCCCAAUGAACUAUCAGCUAUAGAUCGGCAUCAGCAAAUGGCAAGUACCGGUGGCUCUAUAACGCUUAUAUCUACACCUCCAUCUACGCCGGUUUCAGCCUGUCCCAUAAGCUCAGAAUCUGAAUCUGACGAAGACGAAGAAGGAAGCGUGGACCUUUUCGAAGAAGAAAGCGAGGCCAGUAGCGGAGACGAAGCCAAAAUUGCUAAAUUUAAAGAUUACUUUGUUUCCAAGGACGAUGAAAUUCCACCAAAACGAAAAACCAAUAAAUUAAUGGAGGAAUUAGAUCAAGAAGAUGAUGAUGAUGAUGAUGAUGAUUUAAUAAACGAUGUAAAAUCAACUUUGGAGUUGAGACAGGAAAGAUUACAAAAAAAGAUUGAGGACCUCGAAGAACAAGCAAUAACGGAAAAAUCCUGGCAAUUGAAAGGCGAAAUAACAGCAGAAAGUCGUCCUCAAAACUCCUUAUUACAAGAAAUAGUUGAGUUUGAUUUGACCACAAGACCUGCGCCUGUUAUAACUGAACAAACCUCUUUGCAACUAGAAGACAUAAUUAGGCAAAGAAUCAAAAAUAAAACAUUUGAUAGUGUAGAGAAAAUCAGUAGACCAAUAGAGACUCCUUUGGAGUAUAGAAAGAAGCUUGUUUUGGAUCAAGAGAAAAGCAAAGAGUCUUUGGCUAACAUUUAUGAAAAGGAGUUUUUAGAGCAACAAGCUAAAUUAGACAAAGACAAUGUAGAUGCACCAGAAAAAGAACCAGAAACUCACAAAGAAUUAAAAAAACUAAUGAAAUCACUCUUCAACAAACUAGAUGCCUUGUCCAACUAUCAUUUCACCUCAACUCCUGCAAUACCCGAACUCAAAAUCGUCAGCAAUUUGCCAGCCGUUAACAUGGAAGAAGUUGCACCUGUAGCAACUAGUGAUGGAGCUUUGUUAGCUCCAGAAGAAAUAAGAAAUAAAACUAAAGGAGACGUUUUGGGCAAAGGAGAGAAAACCGGAACAGAUAAGAAACGCGAAAGGAGGAAGAAGAAGCUAAAACAAAAAAUACACGCUAAGAGGAAGGCUAAAAUUGAGGAAGUGGUUGCGAAAAAGAAAAAGGAACGAGUGAAAGCUUGAUUUUUUUACAAAUAAAUAGACUAACAAAUACGAUAUAUAUUUUGUCUUAUUACAUAUUAUUAAUAACACCGAUAUUUACAAAUGAGGCUUUAGUUGACUAGAUAUUGUGGCCAAUUCAACAUCAAACACUUGUCCCAGUAGAAUUUGUUUCAACAAUAUUAUUACAAUCCUUAUCCAUGCCAAACAAAAUUUCACUUCCGGCUGGCAUAAUUGUAUUGUUGAAAUAGUUUGAAGACUGGAAAAAGUUUGAUUCAGCAUUGUCUACGGCUUCUAAAUUCUUGUCCAAAUUAUAAGGAUUUCCUAAAAAUUCGGCAUACAAUGAUAAUGGUUGAAUUUCGGUUGUGGUGGUACUUGGUAUAACUGUGGGACUGUUAUAUAAAACUGGAAAUGCGUGUUGUU